UAAUAUCAAUAUCUAAUUAACUUUAUUUGAAGCACUUUGUAACAACGGAUCAUUAGUUAGGUUAUUAGGUCACUAAUUCGAGGUAAGUGCAAUUGAAUCGUAAGAAGGAUAAGGAUUAUGAAAAUUAGUGGUACCAGUGAAUAAUUAUGAUGUAGAAUCAAAUCUUUCUGAUAAUUGAACAAAUGCUUAUUUCCACCAAAGUAUUUAAUUGGUUGAAUAUAUUCAUGAAUGAACAGGGUUGGUAGGUAAAACUCGUGGUGGCUAUCGCCUAGCGUGACGUUACUAACCUAACCUCAACUCCCUACACCCCAUUGUUAUUAACCACCUUCAUCUUCACCUUCACCUUCACCUUCACCUUCAAGUCUGCAACAUACUCCGACUGCGAGAUAAUGUCUGCAACGCCAACCGUCGCACAACUCCAAGGGGAAUCCGUGGUAUUCCCACCCACAGCGAAGCCACCGGGCUCCGACAAGACGUUAUUCCUCGGCAGCGCAGGGGUGCGAGGGAUGGAGAUCAAAGGGAACUUCGUCAAAUUCACAGCCAUCGCCGUCUACAUGGAGGGCACCUCCAUCCCCGCGCUCGCCCCUAAGUGGAGCGCCAAAACUGCCGAUGAACUGGCCGAUUCCACCGACUUCAUCCGCGAAAUCAUCGCCGGUCCGUUUGAGAAAUUGACGAAAGUAACUAUGAUUCUGCCACCAACGGGGCAACAAUACUCGGAGAAAGUUGCAGAGAACUGCACUGCUUACUGGAAAGCAGUUGGAAAAUACACAGAUGCAGAAGGCAAAGCAGUAGAGGAAUUUCUUCAAGUCUUCAAGGAUGAAAGCUUCUCACCUGGGGCAUCCAUCCUCUUCACUCAAUCACCUGCUGGCUCACUCACGAUUGCCUUCUCCAAAGAUGGUUCCAUUCCAGAGCAAGGCAAAGCUAUGAUAGAGAACAAACUGCUAGCAGAGGCGAUUCUCGAGUCCAUCAUCGGGAAGCAAGGAGUGUCGCCUACCGCGAGGCAGAGCUUGGCCGCGAGAGUUUCUGAGUUGUUGAAGCAGACUUCGCUAGCUGCUGAGGCAAAAUGAAUCAAGAAACAUGAA